AUGUCUUCUGCCGCCCCGGAGCUCCAGAAGAAGCCAGUCAACUUUUCCAACAUCCUUUUGGGUGCUGGGUUGAACUUGUUCGAAGUCACGACUUUGGGCCAGCCGCUUGAAGUCACCAAGACCACCAUGGCGGCCAACCGUUCGCUCUCCCUCAUCCAAGCCGCCAAGGUUGUGUGGUCGCGAGGUGGCCCGUUGGGCUACUACCAGGGGUUGAUCCCGUGGGCGUGGCUCGAGGCCUCCACCAAGGGUGCCGUGUUGUUGUUCGUCUCCACCGAAGCCGAGUAUCACUUCAAGAAGGCUGGUGCCAACAACUUCGGCGCGGGUAUCCUCGGUGGUGUUGCCGGUGGAUUGGCUCAGGCAUACCUUACGAUGGGCUUCUGCACGUGUAUGAAGACGGUUGAGAUUACCCGUUCCAAGGCUGCUGCCACGGGUGUUCCAGUGCAGAGUACGUUCCAGGUGUUCAAAGAGAUUUACAAGAAGGAAGGGAUCAGGGGGAUCAACAGAGGUGUAAACGCUGUGGCUAUCAGACAGUGCACCAACUGGGGUUCCCGUUACGGGUUGGCCAGAUUGGCUGAAGAAGGGAUCAGAAGCGCCACCGGUAAAAGUGAAAGCGAUAAGUUAUCCUUUGUCGAGAAGAUUGCGUGUUCGGUUAUUGGUGGUGGUUUGUCCGCGUGGAACCAGCCUAUCGAGGUGGUCAGAGUGGAGAUGCAGUCCAGAGCUAAGGACUCGAACCGUCCAAAGAACUUGACUGUCGUCACUGCCUUGAAGUACAUCUACCAGCAGAACGGGAUCAAGGGCUUGUACAGAGGUGUCACCCCGAGAAUCGGGUUGGGUGUCUGGCAGACUGUCUGUAUGGUCGGUAUGGGAGACGUUGCCAAGGAAUGGGUCGGGAAGGUUACCGGUGAGACCCCGGUAGGCAAGGGCCACUAG